CACCGUCUGUAUUUUUUUACUUGUUCUUUCUGAUCAAAGGUUAAUGCAUUAUUGUUAUCAUCGCCCUGCUAUCUGAAUAAUUUUUGUAAAGAAGCUGCCAUUUUCAAUUGAAUCUCAUUCAUUUAAACCCGAUUAAGAUUUGUCCCAAGAAAAACCAAUAUUAUUGAGAUAUUAAAUUGACAAUUUAAUAUUACAUGUUUUCUUCAUCUCUUCUUCAAAGGAUCUUCAUCAUCUUCACCAAUUUUUCUUGCUCAAAGUUGAAAUCUAAAAAAUCACAGCAACAAGAAAAUGUACAGAUCUGAAAAAUCACCACAAAAAUAGGACCAUAAUAUUUGCGAUUGGAUUCACGGUGACAGAUAAACAAACUCGGAGUAGGACAGAGAUUACUGAACUGUAUAAAAUAUGGUGGAGGAAGAAGCAGAGAAGAGGAACAAUAAGAAAGAUGCAGAGAAGAAAAGCUGAGCAUUUUGUAACAUUGAACCAUGAAACAUUUCAUUUUCAUUAGAAUCAUUUUCUUUUAAUUUUGUGUUUUAAUAGUAUGCAAUUGGAUUAGGAUUGUGACAACUUUUAUUAUCACAAUAGAUCAUGACUGCCAACUGGAGAUUAAUCUAAGGGGUGAGAAUAGUGAAGACACUGUAGACAAAGGGCAUGAGAUGAUCCCAAAACCUUAUAAACCCUAAUCCUGCCGCGUCGUUCGCGUCUCUAAAAAGAUGGACAUUGAUGCUGCAAUUGGAGAUUCUGUGAACAAGCUCAAGGAAAUUCGAAUGGAAAAUGAUGAAUUUGUAGAUGAAGAUGAUGAUGAUAAUGAUAAUGAUAAUGAUUUUGAUGAUUCUGAUUCUGAUGAUGAAGAUGAACCUAUCACUCUUGGUUUCCUUGAAAAACCCAAAAAUCCACUCAAUCUUUCCCGUCAUUUUUUCCCUAGCAAAGCUGGUGGACUCCCGGCUUGGCUGGACCCUCUGAAUAUACCAGCAGGGAAGUCUUCAGUUUGUGACUUUUGUGGAGACCCUUUACAUUUUGUGCUUCAGGUUUAUGCACCAGUUGUUGAGAAGGAAAGCACAUUUCACCGGAUGCUCUUUGUUUUCAUGUGUCCUUCCAUGACAUGUCUUCUCAGAGAUCAGCACGAGCAAUGGAAACGCAAUCCAGAGAGACCAAGCAGAAGUGUGAAGGUUUUCCGUUGCCAGUUACCUCGCAUUAAUCCUUUUUACUCGAGUGAAUGCCCCAAAUAUGAUGGUAGCGACAAACCUACCGGCACUGGAGCUGCUCUAUGUGAUUGGUGUGGUACCUGGAAAGGAGACAAGCUCUGCAGUAGUUGCAAACAAGUGCGGUAUUGCUCUGAGAAACACCAGACCAUGAGUUGGCGUGCGGAGCAUAAUAUUGCUUGCCAGCAAAUAAAAGUUUCUUUACCUGUUUGUGGACCCAACAAAAAUGGAACCACCUCAUUGGAGUCUUGUAAAGUUGGAAACAAACACACGUGGCCUGAAUUUGAGAUCAUUGAAGAUCAAAGUGAAUGUAACAAAGACGUCUCUGAGGAUAAUGCCUUGGCUAAUUCCUUGAUCUUGAGGAAUAGGAGUGAUGACACUAUGAAUUCACUCAUGGAUAGUUUUCAGGGUGAUGAGGACAAAAGGAGUUGGGCCCAUUUCCAGGAACGCAUCGCCAAAGACCCUGAACAAGUGUUGAGAUAUUAUAGGAAUUCUAAUGCUAAGCCAAUAUGGCCCAUUUUAAGUGGUCGGCCAUCCAGAGAUGAUAUCCCUAAAUGCAUCUAUUGCGGUGGAUCCAUGUGUUGUGAAUUUCAGAUUUUGCCACAGCUGUUGUAUUAUUUUGGGGUGGAUAAUGAAGUGAACUCGUUGGAUUGGGCUUCGAUUGUCGUAUAUGCAUGUGAAGCCUCUUGUGAAGCAAGUUUGCCUUACAAGCAUGAAUAUGCUUGGGUUCAACUUUAUUCACCUUCUGCCAGCCCAGUAGUGUGAUUUUAGAGCUCUAAAUAAACAUAUUUUUUUCCAGCCUAGGUAGCUGGUAUGAGAUUUGAUUUUCUUCCUUUGGUUCAGCCAACAAUUUUGGAUUAUGACAGGUUUUGUGUAAUUUAUAUGCUUAUUUUAGCGUCUGCUGGAAGAAAUUUUGCCCCCUUAGCACAUAGUAUAUUGUUUGUUUGUUUUUUAAGUAGAGAACAAAUCUCAUGUAAUUUUGAUAGGAGAUUCCUGUACUUUCAUUUCACAACUCAUGUGGUUGAGAAACUGUCAGUUUUGUUUUGAAGCAUAUUUUGUUUGAUUACAUGGAAUUAUAUGCUUGAAUCA